GAGCUAAACAUGAGGAGUUAGCCUGCUUCUGUUACGUUUUUAUAUCGGGAACGGGAAGUAAGGCCGAAAUGGUUCGCGAGGAACUGGCGGUACGUCUCAACGACAAGGAGUAUAAAAACUGGCUGAAAGCUGGACGGUGUCUUCUCAUACUGAAGGAUGGCCUGCAUCCCUUCAUAACCCACCACAUGAGAGCUUUCCACGGAGAACUGCUUAAUCAAAACACUCUGCUACGGAAACCAUGUGUGACUUCUUGCAGACCCAGAGGGAAUAAGCUUUCCUCAGCAUGCAGGGUGUGUUCCGAGUGGCAGACAGUGAUCCUGAGACACCACAGACAGCCAGAUGCCACAGUGAACUGGGACAACUGUUUCCCUCCCAACUGGAGAACAGACCACUGGGAACUGGCCAAGGCCUACAUGCCACGGGGCCAGGGGAAAGUCAAGGGGGCAGAUCAAUGCGAUGCCUCGGCUCUGCUCAACCUAAUCAACUACUGUGAUUGUUUCUGCUCUGUGGAUCCAAAAUUUGUGAGAGAGGUGAUCAGGUACAGGAACGAGUUGAUGCACUCUUAUGAGUUCCGUGUGAAGGAUGAAUGGAUGAGGCACUACCAGACCACUGUGAAAAAGCUUGUGCGGCAGUUCAGCCACGUACCACAGAUGGCAAAAGUUGGCCAACAGAUCGAGGAGAUGCUCAGCGUUGAUUUGUCAAUAUGUGUCUCUGGUUUGGACCGAAUGGAUUCUGCUAACCUGGAUGGAAUAGAGUGUGAUUCUUUCAGCCAAUGGGAGGCCAGCGCUGACUUAAUCAGCCAAUGGGAGGCUGAGUUGCUACAAGAGAGUCUGCAGGAGUUACUACAUGCUGCUGAUGAUGAUACAAAGAUACCGGACACUGAGCAGCUGAAGAGGCUGGGUGGUUUCCUGCAGACCAACAGAGAUCUGGGUGAGAGGUUUUCUGAAGAGCUCCGAGCCAUCAAUUCAUUAGAGGCCGGAGAAUAAAAAGGAGAAAAUGGUGAAAAAGACAACAAGGAGCAUAUUGCGCAUGAUGUCUUUAUAUUUACUAUCUGAAAUAAGUCAAAGUCAGAAUUGAAGCAGAUCAAGGGAUUUGUGACAGAUUGUGCAUGUGUAUAGUAUGUCAUUGAAAAUGUAAAUAAUAAAUAUGACAAAACCCA